GGGAGCCAAUCAGCGUCGCCGCAGUCACCGGUCAAGAAAUCCAGGAAGUCCGCGGGGCUCAGAAGUCCGGGAUCAGGAUGGGGGCGAUGGCGCCGCGCACGCUGCUCCUGCUGCUGGCGGCCGCCCUGGCCCCGACGGCCCAGACCCGCGCGGGCUCACACUCGCUGCGGUAUUUCUACACCGCCGUGUCCCGGCCCGGCCUCGGGGAGCCCCGGUUCAUCGCCGUCGGCUACGUGGACGACACGGAGUUCGUGCGCUUCGACAGCGACGCGGAGACGCCGAGAGCCGAGCCGCGCGCGGCGUGGGUGGAGCGGGAGGGGCCGGAGUACUGGGAGAGGGAGACGCGGGUCGCCAGGGACACCGGGAGGAACUUCAGAGUGAACCUGAGGACCCUGCUCGGCUACUACAACAGCAGUGAGGACGAGCCGCACACGCUGCAGUGGAUGUACGGCUGCGAGGCGGGGCCCGACGGCCGCCUGCUGCGCGGGUACUGCCAGGAGGCCUACGACGGCCGCGAUUACAUCGCCCUGAACGAGGACCUGCGCUCCUGGACGGCGCUCGACCCGGCCGCACAGAUCUCCAAGCGCAAAUCGGAGGACGUCGGGGAGGCCCACCAUCAAAGGGCCUACCUGCAGGGGCCCUGCGUGGAGUGGCUCCACAGAUACCUGCAGUUGGGAAAGGAGACCCUGCUGCGCUCAGAUCCCCCAAAGGCACAUGUGAGCCACCACCCCAGACCUCAAGGUGACAUCACCCUGAGGUGCUGGGCCCUGGGCUUCUACCCUGCUGACAUCUCCCUGACCUGGCAGUUGGAUGGGGAGGACCUGACCCAGGACAUGGAGCUGGUGGAGACCAGGCCUUCAGGGGAUGGAACCUUCCAGAAGUGGGCAGCUGUGGUGGUGCCUCCUGGGAAGGAGCAGCAUUACACGUGCCAUGUGCAGCAUGAGGGUCUGCCUGAGCCCCUCACCCUGAGAUGGGAGCCUCCUCAGCCCACUGUCCCCAUCAUGGCAGUCAUUGCUGUUCUGGUUGUCCUUGGAGCUGUGGUCAUCAGUGGAGCUGUGGUGGCUGUUGUGAGGAAGAGGAGGAGAAACACAGGUGGAAAAGGAGGGGGCUAUGUUCAUGUUGUGGGCAGUCACAGUUCCGAGGGCUCUGACUUCUCUCAGAAGGCUUGAAAAGUUGACACCCUCGGGGCCUGGGAUUGGGGUUGAGGCAAAGGAGACAGGGCUGGGUCCCAGGGCUUCUCAGAGUUUAGACAUUUGAGUCACAGUGGGCCUGUGAGAUCUUUGUACUGACUGUUCAUGACCCUCGUUCCACAGCUUCAGACAGCUGCCUUGUGGAACACAGCCCCGUCCAGAACCUACCUUUCUAUCCCCAGCACACGCAGGUCUUGGAGGAAGGUCCAAGAUCCUGGACAUCUGUUGACAUCCCUUCUUGUGGACACGUGCAGUCCCUGUGCAUUCCAGUGCUGCUUUCUCUACCCCACUAUCUGGUUUCAAACCGGACAUUGCAGUGUGAUGUUUAUUGUAAGCAUCACCUGUCUCAAGCUUGUGUAAACACGCCAGCAUUUAUUCUCUGUAUUUUCAGUAAAACAACCAGCUAAUGCUGAGCAAUGGAGAGAAUAGGAUGGUCUGGUGAGGGGAGGAAAGAGAUGAGUAUGUGUGUGUGUGUGUGGUGGGGGGAGAUCCGAGCGAGGAGGAAUCAUUAGGAAAGAUGAACUGGACCUAAGAACCGGAGGAAGCUAUCCUGGCUUGGAGGUCUAGGAUGGAGUAAUUAUUGUCCAGCAUUGUGCUCUAGGCUAAUUAAAUAAAUCCUAGUCGUUGUGUGGUGAUUUGGGUAUACAGCUGGUUAAGGAAUAACCUGCUUUACCAAAAUAUAAAUCAACAUUAAAUAUUAGUAAUCUUUCACCAAA